AUGCAUAAACCAAAAAUGAUAGAAAAAGAGAAAGAUUUUUAUUGUUCUAAAGGACAUAAUCUACCAGCUAUUAUAAUUUCACUUGAUCCAAAAUUAUCGAUGGAUUAGAGACUAUUUUGCAGAGAAUGCUUAAAUAAUACUGUAAUAAAUAGCAAAGUUGUAAGCUUAUAGAAAAUUAAUUCAUUAAUUGAAGAAAAUUAGAUAAAGAAGAUGGAGAUUGUAAAGAACUAAAUAGAUUUAUUUGAAUCCUUACCUAGUAUUGCUGAUCGAAUGAGAACUAUUGUAAUUUAAAAAUUAGACUUAUUGAAAAACUUAACGAUGGAAUGGCUUCAAAAUCUAUAAUGCCAACAAUCAAAAUAUUCUUAAUAUAGUUUUUUUGAGGAAUUUGAAAUAAUGUUUUUCUAAUCAAAUAACACAAAGUUCAACUCAUUUGUCGAUGAAAUGUAGAAAAUGAAUCUCUGUUGGACUACAAAAUUGAAUCCUAAAUUAGAAUAAUUUAAUUAAUUUACUGAAUAUAAAUAAUAUAAGGAACUGUUGUCUAGUUUAGAAGUAUUUUUUUAGAAAUUGACUUAAAGUGAUUAACUAUACCAAAAAAACUUAUAACAAAAAAUUUAAGAAAUACUAUUACUAAAUACUAAAAUGAAUAUUCCACAAUCAUAAACCAUUUAACUUAGUCAACAAUCUAUUAAUAAACCUUUCACAUAUUAAGUUAUCUAAGAAUAUUCAAUGUCAUAAAAUAAUUGGUGUAGUGCAUUAGCCAUUAAUAAAGAUUGUUCAACAUUGUUAGCCGGAUCUAAUUCAUAGAUAUAAGUAUUUGAAUUUAAUAAAGGAAUGUUGAAACUAAUUUAAUCUUUAAAUGAACAUAAGGGUUAUGUGAAUACUUUAAACUUCAUGAAGUCAUCAAAUUAGUUUAUAUCUGGGAGUCAUGAUCAAUUUAUCAUAAUAUGGGAAAAAUAAUAAUAAAAUUAAUGGAUUUCUAAAUAGAAAUUAAAUGGACAUCGUGGUUAUAUCUUUUGUUUAGUAUUAAACAAUAAUGAAAAUCUAAUAAUAUCAGGGAGUACAGAUAAAUGUAUUAAAUUUUGGAUUAAGAAGAAUGAAUGGACAUGUUAGUAAACAAUUAAGGAUCAUACUAGUGAAGUAUAUUAAUUAAGUUUGAAUUAAUAAUAAAAUAGAUUGGUAUCUUGUGGUUAUGAUGGUUUAAUAAUAAUAAUAGAACAAUCAGAAUAGAAUUAAGAAUGGAUUGUAAAAUAAAAGAUCGAAGUUGAAUAAUUUGGAUACAGAGUAUGUUUUAUUGAUAAUAAUAUGUUCACAUUCUCACCAAAUAAUACAGAAUAGAUAUCUGUUUAUAAGUUGAAUAAUUAAUUUAUCAAGACUUAUGAUAUUCCUGUAAAAUGUGGAUCAGUUGAUUGUUGUCUUUUUCCUUAAUAAUAUAUAAAUUCUAAAUGUAUGCUUGUGAGUAAGAAUGGUGAAUAUGUCAAUUUCAUUAAGAAAAAAGAAAAUGGAGACUUAUUAACUGAAUAAUCUAUACAUUUUGGAACUUAUUUUAUUUAUGGAGCAAUUAGUGAUGAUGGACAGUAUUUCAUUACUUGGGAUUCUUAAUCAAAUUAAAUAAAAAUUAGAGAAUUCUAAGAACAAUGA